AAACUCAGCUCAAAAGCUAGUGGACUUGCGCGCUCAUGAAGAACUUUGAUCUUUUCUAUUACCGCAGUUCUUGAUGCUCAAGUCUGAUUUCCGGUAGCAAGAAAGCUGUUCCUUCCUUGUUUGGAAGCUGCGAUAGCAGGCACGUGCCAGCUUCACCUUCUGUCUGAAGCGACAUAUCCAUCCCACAACAUCACUCGUUCUUCAUCAAACGUCAGGACCAUGAGAGAAUCUCUCAAACGCCAACGACAAGAUCCGCAAGUCUCGGGAGUGGAACCAGUCGUGAGAGCAAGAUCUGACCCGUUGCAUCCGGUGCAAGCUCCCAGUUCUAUUCCCCCAAGCUCUUCUACUGUCUCUAUGCACCCAAUUAUUCCCCUUUCGAGCUCGCCUCUUGCUCCGGAGUUCCCAGAAUUAUUUGUUUCUUCAAGCUCGCCGCCUCCAAGACCUUUCCCCAAGCAAGCCUCAAGAGGAGAGCCUCCUGCCAUGACUAAAGACAUCCCUUUCAUCGAGACAAUGGGAGUGCAGACUGUGAAGAUACUCGCAAACAACAAGUCGCAGCAACGCAAGGUAUAUUCGGCACAUAGGAAUCUCAUCAUCGCGGCCUCAAGUAUCAUGAAGGAAUGGCUCGAAGAUCCAGAAUUCCAGGACGAGCUCUACUUUGAGCAAGAUGCUUUGAUCGAUGUCCAAGAUUUUGUGAACCUGCUUUAUUGCGAUCGGAAGCGAAUCAUUGACAGAGAACGAACACACGAAGACUAUCUUCGGCUGUAUCGAUUCGCGGAUAAAUACAAAGUUGAUGGACUAAGAGACAUUGCAAUGGAUGGGUUGCAAGAUAAGCUGAAGGCGAAGGGUGCUUUUCUCUCAAGUAUAUCAGACAUGGGGAAGGCUUUUAGCUGCACCUCGAAGGGCCCCCAAAACAAAUUGUAUCGGUUCUACACCGCAAUGCUGGCUCAUACGCAUCUCGGGGUUGGACUUAAAGAUACCGCAAGAGUCGUUCGGAGCAUGCGCGUUUUCCCUGAUCUGCUUGAAGAUUGGCUUGAAUUUCAGCAUUGUGAACACGAAAAACAGCCUGCUUUACGUCUCUUCGGCAGGGAUCCUCGGAAGCGAGUCGAAAAGGCUGACGAUACUACUGGAUUCCCAAUUUGCUACUUUCACGUCCACCCACCAGAGCAAGAGUGCCCCACGAAGGCAAACCAUGGCGCUGGUGGACGAGGUUAA